GUGUCGCAUGAAUUUCAAUUGAUAUGUUGCAUCUUCUGGGUGCUAGUAUAGCUGGUAGUCAAUUUUGUUGCAAAACGCCUGGUGGGAGCCUGUAUCUCAAAUCUUGCACGUGUUUCUUCUUCUCCCCUCCCCGUUCUAUCGUGCUUCGCUCCGAAUCCGUUCCGUUCCGUUCCGUUCCGUUCUCUCCACUUUGUACUUACGGCCUAAGCAACUUCUUUUACGCGACCCCACUCUUUCUCGAAUAUAAAAUCAUUUCGACGGGAUCAAAGGAGACUCCCAUAUCUCUCCUUUUAGUUACAAGUCCAUUCCUAAAUAAGAAGUACAAUUUAGAAGCUCGAACCAAUUCCAAUCCAAUCCGAUCCAAUCCUUUUCUUAUACGUCGAUCACAAAACAUAUACUAGGAAAAAGGAUUAAGACUCUGCGUGAGUGAUCAUCUGGAGGAGGAGGAGGAGGAGGCAGAACUUUCCCUCGACAUGUGCGGAUCGUCUUCGUACACUCUCUCUGAUCAUGUAACCAGAACCGCCACUCCGUGCCGCCGCUUCCUACCGAGCAAAGAACCGCCCUCGCCCCCGUUCCGCCUCGACCGACUGAAUAAUAUUGUUAUAUUUUUGCUCUUCUUCUGCUUCGUCUCCCUCCUCCUUCCUAAACGCUAGGCGUAGUUUGAUACACGAGAAAAAAAAAAUAUGGGUCUUAUCUCGCAGCAAUCUUCUGUCAGCAGCGCCGACUGGUCCCGGCUGGGGAUGUUGAGUGGCAGUGGAGGGAUAGAAGCUCCUAAGCCCUUGCCAAGAAACCAGCUGCAGAGGCCGCAGAUCUGGCCGCUGCUGCGGUGCCCGCGGUGUGACUCUACCAACACGAAAUUCUGCUACUACAACAACUACAGCCGGUCGCAGCCGCGGUACCUCUGCAAGGCGUGCCGGCGCCACUGGACCGAGGGGGGCACCCUCCGCAACGUCCCAGUCGGCGGCGGGCACAAAAACAAGCGCAACAAAGCAACUACUUCAAAAGCAGCUACUACUGCUACUGCUACUGCUACUGCCACCGCUGCUGCUGCUACCACUGCCACUACUGCUGCUGCUACUGCAAUAAACAGCAGUUCAAUGGACGAUCCCGCCACCGCCAUAUUUCCCGAAAUCCUACGCCGCGUACUCCUCCAUCCCCCGCUGCCGCCGCCGGUUGAGUCGGUCGAUUACAGCGUAAUGAGCACGUUGACGAGUUCGUUACAAUCCGAUCAAAUUGGCAAUAUUGCAGCAGAGCCAAAUACAACCGUGAGCUCGUACGGGAGCGCUCUGGCGCAGGUUUCGUUCUUCGGAUACUCCGACGAGGGUCUCGGCCCGAUGAGCAGCGCUUUGAAUGCAUGGCAUGUGGCGCCUCACAUGCAACCGCCUCUGGUGAGCUCCGGAGGUGGCGAGGCUGUCGCAGACGCCCUGGAGGCUUCUGCUGCUACUGCUAGCGGGCUUUGGAUGAGUGGAUGGCCGGACGAAGAGGUGUCGGGCUUAGCUGUUCCCGAACUCGACCUGCCUCUUACUAGUGAUGAUUUGUGACUACAAAGUUUAGCUCAGAUGAAGUGCGCACUGAUAAAAUAAUUAAACAUCAUUCAUCGCUUUUCAAAUGAAGAAAAUUAAUAACUAAGAACUAUUUUAUUAGUGUGUCCUAUUAAAGAUCUGACUAUAGAUUUACUGAAUCUGAUAGUGAUCAAAUUCAAUAAAUCUGAUCUGCUCGUAUCAAAAGCGGUUUUUAUCAAUACUGCUUUUCAUAAAGAAGGGAACAAAUGUAAGUUUGUUUGCUGGCAACUUGAUCUAAAGUGUUUGGAAAUACCCAGUGUUUCAAUACCUGGAGAGGGAUCAGAUUGUGUUGGAAUGUUGUUUGUUGGAGUGGUGCAUUAGCACCUUGUUUCUGUUUGGUUAGCUACAUGUACUUCAGGUUGUGGUGUCAAUGCUUUGUGGUGCUGCAUGUGAAUUGCUCUUGGACGCGUUAGUUGUAGUCCUUAAGAAAUUGGUGGUAAUUAGUUGUUUGAUCUAAGUUUCCUCUGUAAAGGUCAGUGUAACAUUUGCAAGUGUGAAACUUUUUUUUUUUUUUUUUGUAUAAAUGGAUAUGCAGCUCAUGUAC